AUGCUCACUGCCAAGUCUCUUACAGCGGAGGAGGGCUGGGUUUCGACCGGCCAUGCGAGGUCAGUGGGAACCGGCAACGAAGCCGACGAUCACGGCGAAACGUGGCCUAAUAACGGCGUAAUAAUUCUUGUUGCGCAUGGGCUGGGCGGUAUCCUUGCACAAGCCGCCUCCAGCAUUGUUCUCUCAGUCUCCACCGAAACCUUACACGGCCAUCAUCUCCAGCUUAGACAGACACACAGACGUCUUAUUCUUCUUGGAACCCCGAAUCUCCAUGACCCUAGCAAGAUUAUUAUAGACUUCGAGCAGAUCUUGCAGAUAGGGGCUUACUAUGGCGGGAAGGAGUUUAACAUCAACCACACCCGUCAGUUUUUGAUGGGGUUGCAAACACAGGCGAUAUGUCUUAUCAACAACGACUGGGUUGAGCAAGGACUGAGUCCUCCGACCGAGGUUCACGGCACGCUCAAGGUCGCUUGUUUCCAGGAAGGAGAGGAGGAUCAGAGCCUGGCCCAAAAGAUAAAGUCUUAUCGACCGAAUGAUCCGGAUACAAACGGUUUCGUUGUCCAGAGGGAAUACUCCAUAUUUGGAGGCCAGGCUCUGUCCGGAUUCUCGAUGGCUGACCCUCCAUCUUCAGUGAUUCCCAAGAAGCACAAGAACAUGGGACAAAUCAAGGAUAGGACCGAACCGGGUUAUCUUGAGCUUCAGGCCAUUCUCAAGGAAUUCGUAAAGCCAGAGUAG